AUGCAACCCAAGGUAUUUCUAUUCUUGGCCUCUGCCCUUCUCGGAGUGGGGGGCGCCGUCGCGGCUCCAGAGGAGAAUGCUCCAACCACUCUCGUGAGUGUGGUUGCGGCUGCUUCAAGUAUCAUCGCACCCACCAUCCCAUUGUUUCCUAGCCCAAGUUGCAGCGAUUGCCACAUGAGGUUCUGGCAUUGUAUUGACAGCUGCCGUUCCCAAGAUUGCUACAUCGAGUGCAACUGCAAGCUCUGUGGAAACAAGCAUUGUGAGCGCGACUGUGGCUAUACUGACUGUUGCGCUGUUGCCAAUACUGCUGCUCCACGUGAACUUGCGGCCGCACCUGAGGUUGGUGCUGUUGCUGAAUUGCAGGAUAUUCAUACGCCUGAUGACAAAUCUCUGUCCACAUACUGUCAAGUAUGCAGUGAUGCGGCUAUCGAAUGCAUGAAGAUUGCGGAGAGUGUCACCAGACAUUCAUCAAUUGCAUGUUGGAUUGUGAUCCUUACUCCCGUAAGGAUUGUAAACUCAAGUGCAACGCCGAGGCCUGCUCAGAUCAGUUUUGCGCAGAGAGCUGUGGAUAUACGAGCAAGUGCAAUAGCCAGAAUGUCUCCCGUCGCGAUGAGUCAUCAAAAUGUAUCGAAAAGUACAAUGCUUUUGCAGCCUGCAGCCUCCAUUGCACGACCGCCAAAUGCCACAGCAAAUGUUGGGCCGAUUUGUGCAAAGAUUCUCCCAUCAACGAGUGCAGCUGGGGGGAUCUCUGCCACGGCAGGCCUGUCCAACGAGUCGUCUCCACCCUCCCCGGUUCCAACUGCGGUCACUGUGUGGAGAUACAGCAAGAUUGUAUGA